AAACAGCAUUGCAAUAUUCACAGAAGAUCAUUGGAAGGGAAAUCUGUUUGCCAUGGCAUCAAUGUGGGACAGUGCAGUACAGAAGAGGUCUAGUGAGCUUCACCAAGACACCUGGCAGGUUAUAUUUGAUGAAUCGAUUACUCCAAAAAAUACAGCACAUGGGUGGUACCACUACAUUUCUGGAUCUUUUGCAAAGUUCAAAUGUUCGCUUUGUAAAAGAUCCUGGGUGUCUAAAAGAGUGCCGGUGGUCUUCCAUUUCUACUUGAACCCAAGAAGUAAUGAGGGAAGUAAUGAGGGAACCAUUAAGGUGCGACGCUUCAAACAGAAAUGCAGAAGGUGUACUGGAGCUCGGAUGGAGGAUCCAAACUUUGCAGUGGAAAACAUUGAUGUGUUGGUUGAGAGACUCGUUGGAAAGAUUCGCAUGAGAUGCUACGGAGAAAACCUGGGUGAAACGAACAGAUCCUCGAAAUUCGAGGGCAAAGUUAAUGGGCCUCAUGAAACGUUGCACUGUGAAGCUUGUCAGCAAGGUGUAUGUAGUCUGGCACUUUGAUUUUGAUUUAUUUAGCUAUUUCUGUAAUGGUUUUCCUGUAAGUUGGUUGAUAGAACAUUGUGUUAGCGUGCAGGUGUAAAAUAUAUAUGUAUAUAUAAAAUAUAGCUUGAAUGCAGUGCCAGGUGCUUUGGAUAAAAUUGUUUGCCAGAUGCAUAAACUAAACUUAUUUAAAAUACAUUUCUUGUUUACCAAAUGAUAAUGUAUGGACAUGUCAGAUAAGAUUGAAUAUAAUAAUUUAUUUUAUACUAUUAAACCGUUUGUAAUAAUGAAAUAAACUGCAAUACACAACGUUGCAAACGCUGAUAAUUCCUGGCACAAAACCUAUGUUACCAACAACUAUGAAUGUGUGACCCAGUGGAUUCAAGUUGAGUAGAACCCAUGUGCAGUUUAACAAUCAAACAAUGAACAUUAAUAAACAUCUUAGAUAUGGCAUGAAAACACAAAACUCACUAACCAAGUCACUAACUGCAACACAGGCAAACAACACUAAAACUAGACCAAAGACAAUGGCACUGGGGGAAACCAAGGGAGCUUAACAAAGAAUCAAUCAUAACAUGGCAAACAGUAUAAGCCAAGAGUAAUGGGUGUGUUUGACGUUAUGUGGCGCUGCAAGAACCAACAGGAAGAAUGACAUCAAAGUAUCGCAAGAGCAUUUGAAAGUGAUUUAACUAAUUUGGGUGUGUCUCAAUCAGUUUCCUAGCUCCCUAGGUCGUGAAUCAGUAUUCUGUAUAUGGGCACUUUUAAGGAUCCUGGCCCAUUAUUGUGAA